CAAACGAUUCGCUAGGCCACCAAAGGAAACUGUGUCGAAGAUUUGCCGUAAUCCACGCCGCAUUAAGCUCGUGAUAAUCAACUGGAGAUUGGGCAGUUCAUCGAGAUUUGCGACCAUGUUUAGGCAGGAAAGGAAAUCCUCGGCUACUGUGACUGUUCUGAGCCGCUUCGCACUCAACUCCUCUGGCACCGGUCUACCUACGUCCUGCUCAAACAUCGACAGUUCCCGCCGUGAACUACGCAGGCAUGCAGGACAUCGGUCGGAGCGAUCGAAGCACUUCAAGAUGGAGGUUUUGUCCAAGCUGGUAAACACGAGCUUCGAGGAUUCUGUUGGAAUAGACAAGAUCUUGAGCGAUGUGAGCGAGUUGUUGCUGCACGUGAAGCAUCCGGAGGUUUAUCGGCACAUUGGAUUGCCGUCGCCGCGUGGAUUUCUGCCGCACGGACCUCCUGGCUCGGGGAAAUCGUUUCAGCUGGUGACGUCCGGUACGUUGUCACCAAUCGAGAACGACGCGGUUGGUAACCUGGAUGAAGUCAAACAGUGUGGCAGGCAAACAGUUGACAACGUUCGACUCGUAGAAGUGAGAAUGAUGAACAAAUCGGCCGCUCCACUGCUGUUCCGCGAUUCUGAUGUAGAAUAAUCCCAAUUUUAAUCAAAGUCGUCCAAAAGUGUAGAUCGAGCCGCAGAUAGCGCUGCAUCAUCCGUUCAAGUAAAGCUGAGCGUUCAAGCAGCAGGUCAACCUAAUCAAUUUCUAGAACGGGAACGAUUUCGCUUUUAAUUUUGUGUAA